UGAUGGUAUAAGUAGCUCAGACAAUGAUGAUGAUUUAAGCCAUGUGAUUAAGUUUAAGAUUUCGGACUUCAAUGUUCAUGAUCGUGUUAGCAUUGGCCUUGGGGAUAGGUUGUAAUGCAGGGUGAUGAAAUUGUAUAUGAAGCUACAGUGAAUGAAGCUAGUAGUCCAAUGUUCAAUAAGAAAGUUGUGCUUCGGCGACUGGUUAGCAAUCAGGUGCAGCGUAGGAGAAGAAGGGCAAUAGAGGUAUUGAAAAGACUGGCUCACCAUAGAGUAAUGUACCAUUCUUACUCGGUUCAAGUUCAUGGCUAUAUAUGUUCAUCCACAAAUGAUAACAGUGGUUAAUUUACUCUAGUA